AUGCAUUUUUCAUCCAUGUUAGAAAUUUCUGUGAGUGUUGAAGCUUGUUGUAUCUCACUUGUGGUAGAAAUUAUACUAGUACAUCCAAAGAUUAAAAAGAAUGCGGUUAACAAAAAUGGAUUGACAGCUGUGGAUACUCAUAAGCAAAGUCGGAAGGAUUUGACACAAGAUACAAAAAUAUGGAAACUCCUUACUUGUGCCAAUGUGUUACCCGCAAAGGAAGCACUGAAAAUGACAAAAGACCGUGCUUGGUUGGAGGAACAUCGCACAUCUCUAAUGGUGGUGGCAUCCUUGAUCGCAACCAUGGCUUUCCAAGUUGGAAUUAAUCCCCCAGGAGGCGUUUGGCAGGAUACAAAGGUAGUAAAAGAUAAAUAUGGCUCUAACGACUCUACCCACUAUGCUGGAGAUUUACUUUGUCCAUCUCAUUUUGUACAAAUUCUAAAGCCAUGUUAUGUUACAUUUAGUCUUUCUGAUAGCAUGAAUAAUGAAAUUUAUCUGAACAUCAAAAAAAAGCCAAAACUAGUAGAGGUGGUUGAUCACAUAAAAAGAUCAUCACCCCUGCACAUUGCCUGUGCCGAAGGGCACUUGCAAAUCGUUGAAGCCUUGCUUGUGGUGAAUUCGAGCAUUUGCUACACACAUGACCAAGAUGGUAAGACGCCAGUUCACGUAGCUGCCAUAAAUGGUAAAACUGACGUACUUAGAGCUCUUCUUAAUGUAGAGCCACAAGCUGCUCGGGAGCGAACUAUGGGUGGUGAAAGUGUGUUGCAUUUGUGUGUGAAACAUAAACAAGGGCACUUGCAAAUCGUCGAAGCCUUGCUUGUGGUGAAUUCGAGCAUUUGCUACACACAUGACCAAGAUGGUAAGACGCCUGUUCACGUAGCUGCCAUAAAUGGUCAAAUUGACGUACUUAGAGCUCUUCUUAAUGUAGAGCCACAAGCUGCUAGGGAGCGAACUAUGGGUGGUGAAAGUGUGUUGCAUUUGUGUGUGAAACAUAAACAACCAGAGGCUUUGAGGUUUUUGGUAAAAACGAUGGAUGAUGGUGAGUUGCUUAACCUCGAUGAUGCCCUUGGUAAUACCGUCUUGCACCUAGCUGUGGCUGCCAAGCAAUCCGAGAUGGUAGAAUUUUUACUUGGACAUCCGAAAAUAAAAAUGCUAUAAGCAAAAAAAGGAUUGUCAGCUGUGGAUAUUCAUAAGCGAAGUCGGAAGGAUGUGAUACAAGAUGACAAGCUAUGGCAACACCUCAAUCGCGCCAAUGCAUUACCCGCAAAGGAAGCACUAAAACCCAAGAAAGACCGCGCUUGGUUGGAGGACCAGCGGACAUCCCUAAUGGUGGUGGCAUCCUUGAUCGCAACCAUGGCCUUCCAAGCCGGAAUUAACCCCCCAGGAGGCGUUUGGCAGGAUGAUUUAGCCUAUUCAGGUACAAUAGGUAAAACGACAAGAAAGUAUAUUGGCCAUGAUGCAGGUACUGCUAUAUGGUCAUAUAGUAAAGAUACUGCUUAUAGUUUUGCACUAAUUAGUAACACAAUAGGACUAAUAUCAUCACUAAGUGUCAUCCUUCUCCUUAUCAGCGGCCUUCCAUGCAAGCGAUAUUUCUUGACAUUUUUAAGGAUAACCUUGUGGAUUUCUGUCACGGCAACAGCAUUUAUAUACAUGUUCUCGGUAUCUAAUCUAAUUCAAUAUGACGGCGGUAUUUGGACUGCUAUAACGAUCUCUCUCUUAGCAUGGCUAGGGUUAAUGGGAUUUAUACUCGUUGGACAUGUUGUGCGAUUUAUGUGGAAGAAGAUUAGUUGGCGACAGAGGCAAUCAAUAAUAAAGUUUUUCAAAGAGGUGUUAUAUAUGGUCAAAAACCACUAUAAAUGUAUCAAAUACAAGCAAUCAUGUAUAAUAGUCAAAACUCACUAAUGUGUGUCGUCACAAUCCAUCUUAAGCUUUAGCUUUUUGUAGCUUUACAUUCUACACGUAUUAAUGUAUGCAAUAAUCAAUUGCAAUUGGCUUAUCUUAAUUUAUAAUGAUACCGCUGUUAUCUACUACGUAA